GUCAUUAUUAUUAGUAUCCCUUUCUUCGAACUUCAACUGACGCAUCUCCGAUGUUCAAAAAAUUCCAGCCAUCAACAGACAUUGCAGGACAAACGCCUAUCAAAUCUUCUGUUCAAAGAUCGAUACGAUCAGCCGUUCUUGAGCAGUGGAAAAUUGAGCCAGAAACACUGGAGGCGGUCUGGCCAAAGAAAGAAGGCCUGGUACUGGUAAAAUGUAGAGAACAUAUAUCGAUCUAUACCGUCCACGGAGAACCUAUCUUCUUCCAACAUUUCGAUGGCCCAAUCUAUCCUACGCUUCGUCUUCUGCACAAAUAUCCUUACAUUCUUCCUAUGGUUAGGGUCGACCGCGGUGCUAUCAGGUUUCUACUUGCAGGCGCACACAUGAUGUGCCCCGGGUUCACAUCAAAAGGUGGUUAUCUACCGCCUGCCGAAGAAGGUCUAGCGGCUGGCGUUCCCGUCGCGAUACAUGCGGAAGGCAAAGAACAUGCUGUCGGGGUGGGUAUUACCAAAUUGGCAACGGAAGAUAUGAAAAAAGUCAAUAAAGGUGUCGGGGUUGAGACAGUGACAUAUGUAGGGGAUGAUUUUUGGGUGAUACAGUCGUUGUGACUCAAAGGUGUUGAAGGAAGAUUCCAAAUUGGUUCGCCUUUUUAAUUAAUCGAUGAUUACUGGUGCCCUCUCUUCAUAGCUCUUCAUGCGUCUGAAUAAUUAUAUAGUCCGAACCAGUUCGGACCAGGACCCUACCAGUCGUAGUGGUGUAUCUAGCCAUAUUCAAUCCGUACCGGAUACCGAGACAUAUUGUUCAGGAAAACCCCCCACCAGAAUACAAAAGGCACGCUCAAACCUUGUGUGAUACAUACUACUUACCAUCUUUUGGUUGUCUCUUUCAAUCUUUGUUACAUAAUCCCUGGGCUUUGCACCCCAUUUUAACCUGUGAUAGAAGCUUAGUCAAAAAAAUAAAACAUGAUCCUUAGAAGAUGGAAUAUGAC